AUGAACAUCUCCAGCACUCUGAACUCUUCCGUCCACUCAGACGUCUCGGUGGAGUACAUCAUCAAGCUCACCUUUGUUAUAUUCAUACAUGUGCUGAAUUAUCUCCUGGGUCUCCCUCUGAACGCCAGCGUCAUGGCACUGAUUCUACACGGGCGUAGGAGUUUGGAUCCGUGUGACGUCUUCACUCUCAAUCAGGCCGCUGUUGAAAUCUUCUUCCUGCUCUUGGCGCCUUUCCACAUCAGUUGCGACGCGAACUUGGAGCUGUGUCUCUAUAAAGCGACAGGCUUCAUCAUCGGUGUGGGGAUGCUGGUGCGCUCUCUGCUCCAGUGCUUGGUGUGCGUGGAGCGCUACAUGGCCGUCGUCCAUCCCGUCACCUUCCUGAGGUUCAGACCUCUCCGGUAUCGCGUGCUAAUCUGCGUCCUGACCUGGAUGAGCGGCUUGGCGUGUGGCGUCGUCUGCAUGUUCCUGUUUCCCUACCUGCCUUACUGGGUUAUCCUCGGCUACGCCGUCUUCAUUCUGAGCAUCAGCGUCUUCAGCUGUGUGUCCAUUCUGAACAAGCUGAGACACCCAGGACCGGGGCAGAGGAAUGCUGACAGGGGGAUGGAGGACGGAGCCAAAAAACGUGCCUUUCAAGUCGUCGUCAUGAACUUGCUCACAUUUCUGAUACAGAACAUACCAAUCUCUGUCACUUUCUGUAUGCAGGAUACCUUGUCCAUGAUGAAGUUCACUCUGGCUCUAGCGAUCAGUCUGGCCAUUAACAUCAUCAUGGGGUACAUGAAUCCGGUUUUUGUGCUCCAUAAAGCAGGAAAGCUCUCGUUUUUUAAAUCUGUGUGCUUUUAA